AUGGUAGAUCACACGACUGGAAUACUUCUAGCGGUCUUUAUUGCAGCGGUACCCUACUCAAGUGCGGAGAAGGCGUGUUACUGGGACUCUACCUGGUACAAUGUGUCCGUGCCUUCAGCUUCAAACAACUUCACAGAGAGGGAGCCCCCACCUGCGCCGGCAGUCCUGCAGCGGGUGUGUGACGUCUCGACAUCACGUGGUAACCUGACCGCCCGUUGCCGUGACAACAAGGGUGAGCCUAUUUCCGGUGUGCACAACGACACAAUCAGCUUUUUCGUGGCCACGUGUGACCCAGUUGACGGACUGCGCUGCGUCCCUUGGGUAGGAAAGAACGUCUCGUGUCCGGAUUUCGAGAUCCAAUUCGGCUGCACGUGCAAGCCUUCUACCACAACAUCGUCAACUAUUGCUGUGACGUCGUCGUAUUCGUCGAUUCUGGGAACCGGAAGUAAUGUCAGUGCUGGGAACCAGAUUGGACCCGGUAACACGUCAGGCACGUCUGUCAGUACAUCCGGAAACAGUGUGACGUCAGUGAAUCAUCCAAAUGGAAACGGCGGGAACACGCAGGGAAAUGGCGGGAACACGCAGGGAAAUGGCGGGAACACACAGGGAAAUGGCGGGAACACACCGAGUAGCACCCCUGUAGAUCAAGGUCAAGGUUCAAACAAGAAUGGAAGUGAAAACUUGCGUUGCGGACUCAUGAACGCGGUUUUCCCGUUUGUCAGCCUUUUUGAACCUCUCCUUUACGACACCGAGAUUUUACGAGAACACCACGUGACUAGGCGCUCGACCAAUAACCCAAUCAACUUUCAGUUUACGGCGUUUAAUAGACAAUUCACCCCGAUUCUACGCCACCAAAAAGGCAUUCUCCACUCCGAUCUAGCCGUAGAAACCGCGCGGGAUUCCUUCAACUUUUCUGCUCCUCUCACAUAUUCCGGCUAUGUUAAAGAAACCAAUGCACCCUUGUUCGUGAUAAUUUGUAGUUCCGGUCACUUUGAAGGUAUCAUUUUGGAUCAUAACGAUACGUUUUACAUCGAAAGAAGCGUCCACUAUGCGAACAACACAGACUUCCACACGUUUAUUUAUAGAAAGUCUGACGUCAUAAGAAAUUCCUCGCAAAGUAUGUGUGGGCAUGCGCAUAUGCAUCCGAAUGAACGGCGCAUGCACAAGUUUGAAAAAGAAGCUCAAGAUGUCAGUUUAAAUUCUUACGACCAUUCAGAGAAUGACUUUUCUGGAAACAAAUACGGGAUGUUUAAAAAUCAUUUGAAUGGCGGUGGCACAAUAUAUCAAAGAAAUAAGCGAGCAGUAGAUCCGACAAAGACAACAUGCGAAUUAUACAUGCAGGCUGAUCAUCUCUUCUAUCAGAAAUAUGGCAGCAACGUUGAGACCGUCAUCGAGAAACUCACCGCGCAUGUACAAGCACUUGACACGAUCUUCAAGGCCGAAGAUUUCGACCAAUCGGGCGGGCCCGAUAAUAUCGGAUUUAUUAUAAAGAAAAUCAAGGUCUGGACGGAUCCAACUGCCACGGGGUAUAAAUACGACGGGAACUACGCCGUGGAUUACUUUCUUGACCUGCAUUCCGAGGAUAAUUACGACGCAUAUUGUCUUUCAUACAUGUUUACAUAUAGAGACUUUUCUGAUGGGGUUCUCGGACUUGCCUGGGUUGGCGACGUUAGUUCAAGGGGAGGAGUGUGCGAGAAGCAUAAUACAUACCAGGGCAAAGGUCUUAGUUUAAACACUGGCAUCGUUACAGUGCUUAAUUAUGGCACGGAUGUUCCCUCUGCCGUUAGUUACGUUACGUUUGCUCACGAGGUCGGCCAUAACUUUGGAUCUAACCAUGACCCGGAAGGAGAUGCCACGUGCUCACCAGGUGGUUCGGCCGGAAAUUACAUCAUGUAUGCGCGUGCAACUUCUGGCUUGUUGUUAAACAACGACGAAUUUUCAAGCUGCAGUAUUAGCCAGAUCAAUCCAGUGUUGGAUUCGAAGGCAAGAGGAAGUGACGGGUGUUUCGUUCCAUACAGCGGGGAGGUGUGUGGUAACAGAGUGGUUGAGGGAGACGAAGAAUGCGAUUGUGGUUGGGAAGAAGAAUGUGUAGAGAGCUGCUGUAAUCCUAUGAUUGACCCUCUUCCUGACGGUACAGAAACACCUUGCACAAAAAAGUCAUCUGCAGUUUGCAGUCCUAGCCAAGGUACGUGUUGUCAGGACGACUGCACGUUCGCUGGGAAUUCACAGGUUUGCCGGGCAGAGUCUGGUUGUCAGGAAGAGGCCAUGUGCUCUGGCUUAUCAGCCGAGUGUCCUGAGUCCACACAUAAACCAAACGCCACUGACUGUAGCACUGACUCAGAUGUGCUUGUCUGCUAUAACGGGGAGUGCACCGGCUCUGUAUGUUUGGCACAUGGACGGGAACCUUGCUACUGUACCGGAAGUGGAUGGAAAUACGAGAAUCUGUGUCAAGUGUGCUGUUUGAACGGAUCGGAAUGCAAGUCUUCAUACGAGUUGCCAGACAUACCCGAUGCGAAGGCAUUGGCAGGAACCCCUUGUUACAACCUACAGGGAUACUGUGAUGUAUUCAAGAUAUGUCGCGAGGUUGACCCAUCGGGGCCACUGAGUUCCUUAAAGAAGCUUUUCCUCUCGGAUGAAGGGAUUAACCAACUUAAGGAAUUUCUCACCAAACAUUGGUACAUAGGUCUGGGCGCUGGACUUGGUCUGGUUAUUGUUAUUGUAAGUAUGAUGAAGUUCUGCUCUAAAUCUCACGGCCCCCCUGACACAAAGGCUGGUGAUGGCAUGGAUUCGGAUGAAUACACAUUGAACAACCGUCGUGAAUCGACACUUCCUAGACAUCGACAACACAACCGGGUCUCACCGAAUAUGAUUGAGGCUCAUAUGUAG